UUUUUGGUUUCUUUUCCUUGAAGCAUUAAGGCCAUAAAGUUAGCUUUGUUCUGGUGAUGCUGAAUCUAUUUACUAAUAUACUACCUGAAAAAUUAUGAAUCACGCUUAGGAACCACAGAAUAUUUUGAGCUGGAAAGGAUCCCCAAGGAUCACUGAGUCCAGCUCUUAAUGAGUCAAUGGUCUGUAAGGGCUGAAGAAGGCUAGCAUUCUUCAGUUUUUUGCACAAUAGUUAUUUUUACAGUUCUUGAGAAGAAUUUAAAACCAUGAUCUGUGUUUCCUUAUUGAAAAUGAAGCUUAGUAGGCACAGUGAAACUUCCUCUAAUAAGUGUUCAGACUUAAAUACAGUACUUCUCCUUUUCAUGUAAACAUUGUAGUGUUACGGGCUGGAAUAGGAUUAGAAUAUGAAACUGGCAGUCCCAUCUAACUCUGUGGACUAAAUUCACUCAGGUGCAUGCUGCAGGAUUCUUUCAGACUGGCUAGGUCUCAGUGCUCUGUUAGGGAAGAAUUAGAUGUGUGCUGUAUUUUGCAUGUCCUGGUUUUGUUCUAAAGGAAGUCAGAAUGCAGCAUCAGAAAAAAGUUGUGAUAUAUUCUGGUAACUUCUCUACCUGGAGUGAUCACAGGAUGAAUACAGAAGGACAAAUCAGAGCUUUUCUUUCUAUGUCCUCUGGACUCUGCCACAGAGACUAGAUUUGUUUCACAGAUCUGAAUUGGUCGUAAGACAAGUUAGUUACAUGUUGCUAAUAUUAAGUUAUUCCAUUGGUUUACUGUAAUGUGGUAAAACAGAUAAGGAGAAAUUUUUUUAGAUUGAUGGUUACUUACAAUACCAAGCUGGUUGACUAUGCAGAUCUGUGCUAAGCAUUGCAGGACGUUAAAUCUAAUUCUUAAAAUACUCUAUUCUUGAAAAGCUUGCUUUGGUAAAGAAAGGUAAGUGCAAUUUACCUUUUCUUUACUGGUUAAAAAACAAAUGCAUAAUAGGUUCUUUAAGCAUCUGGGGUCUACUCUGAGACACUGGCCUUUUCUAUUGUUCCAACUUAAUGAAGAUAGAUUUUUUUUUUUACCCCUCCUAACUGAUGCAUAUGACUAAUCCAAACGUGAUUUCAGUGUAAAAGUUCUUAGUCUAGAAGGCUUCCUUAGCAAAACUAACUCUACAAGCUUAUAAAUACUAGAGAUCUGUGUUACGUGUAACAAACUGAGGUUCUCCUACUUUUAAAACUGUGUGAUGACAUCACUUGUUAAUCUUCUGUGUACUGCUGGGAGUCGCAACAUGUCCAAAUAUAAAACAGAGUUGAAAGGCAGUGGAGCUCCAGGAGAUAUAGGCAACACUGGCUUCACAGUGAUUCUUCCACUUAUGUGCAAUAGAUGCCUAGCUGGGCAAAGAGUGCUUCUGAGUUCCAGGACAGGGGAUUUGGCUUCUGUGCAAUUAGCCGGAGCUCCAAACAGAUGGGAGGUCUUAUCUGCAGCUCCUACCACUAUAAAGGAUGAAGCUGGUAAUAUAGUACAGAUUCCAGGUGCUGCCACAGUAACUUCAAGUGGGCAGUAUGUCCUUCCUAUUCAGAGUUUGCAAAAUCAACAAAUCUUUUCUGUUGCACCAGGAUCAGAUUCGUCGAAUGGUACAGUGUCUAAUGUACAGUACCAGGUAAUACCCCAGAUCCAGACAGCGGAUGGUCAGCAGGUUCAACUUGGCUUUGCAGCCUCUUCUGAUAAUAGCAGUAUAAAUCAAGAAACUGGUCAAAUUCAGAUCAUUCCUGGCUCGAAUCAAACCAUCAUUGCCUCUGGAACAUCUUCAGCUAAUAUUCAGAAUAUCUUAUCUGGUCAGUCUGGUCAAGUCCAGGUUCAGGGAGUUGCAAUUGGUGGUUCGUCUUACCCUGGCCAAGCACAAGUGGUUGCUAACGUCCCUCUUGGACUGCCAGGAAAUAUUACUUUUGUACCCAUUAAUAGUGUUGAUCUAGAUUCUCUGGGACUUGGCAGUGGUUCUCAAACCAUGACAGCAGGCAUUAAUGCAGAUGGGCACUUGAUAAAUACUGGACAGGCCAUGGAUAGUUCAGAUACUUCUGAAAGGACUGGUGAGCAAGUUUCUCCUGAAAUUACAGAAACUGCCACUGAUAAUGACUUAUUUGUGCCAACGUCAUCUUCAUCACAACUGCCCGUUACCAUAGACAGUUCAAGUAUAUUGGAACAAAAUGCAAAUGACUUGACCACAAGUAGUGGUCAAGUUCAUGGUUCUGAUCUUCAGGGAAAUUACAUUCAGACAUCAGUCUCUGAUGACACACAGGCUCAGAAUAUUCAGGUCUCCACAGCACAGCCAAUUGUACAACACAUACAGCUACAGGAGUCGCAGCAGCCAACCAGUCAAGCCCAGAUUGUACAAGGUAUUGCGCAACAGACAAUCCACGGUGUUCAAGCAAGUCAAAGUAUAUCUCAACAGGCUCUUCAAAAUCUUCAACUGCAGCUGAAUCCUGGAACUUUCUUAAUUCAGGCACAAACAGUGACCCCUUCUGGGCAGAUAACCUGGCAGACAUUUCAAGUGCAAGGAGUUCAGAACUUGCAGAACUUGCAAAUUCAGAAUGCACCUGGUCAACAAAUAACUCUGACCCCUGUGCAGACCCUCACUCUUGGUCAAGUUGCAGCCGGUGGUGCGUUGACAUCAACUCCAGUUAGUCUAAGCACUGCUCAAUUGCCAAAUCUACAGACAGUUACAGUAAACUCUAUAGAUUCUGCUGGUAUUCAGCUGCAUCAAGGAGAAAAUGCUGGAAGUCCUGCAGAUAUUAGAAUUAAAGAAGAGGAUCCUGAUCCAGAAGAGUGGCAGCUCAGUGGUGAUUCUACACUGAAUGCUAAUGAUCUAACACAUUUGAGAGUACAGGUUGUAGAUGAGGAAGGGGACCAACCACAUCAGGAGGGAAAAAGACUGCGACGAGUAGCAUGUACAUGUCCCAACUGCAAAGAAGGUGGUGGAAGAGGUUCCAACUUGGGAAAAAAGAAGCAACACAUUUGUCACAUACCAGGAUGUGGCAAAGUAUAUGGGAAAACUUCACAUUUGAGAGCUCAUCUCCGCUGGCACUCUGGAGAGCGUCCGUUCGUUUGUAACUGGAUGUUCUGCGGCAAAAGGUUCACUCGCAGCGAUGAGCUCCAGCGACACCGAAGAACGCACACAGGUGAGAAGAAAUUUGUCUGUCCAGAAUGUUCAAAACGCUUUAUGAGAAGUGACCAUCUUGCCAAACACAUUAAAACACAUCAGAAUAAAAAAGGUAUUCACUCUAGCAGUACAGUGCUGGCAUCAGUAGAAGCAACAUCUGAUGAUACUUUGAUUACUGCAGGAGGAACAACACUUAUCCUUGCAAAUAUUCAACAAGGUUCUGUUUCAGGAAUAGGAACUGUUAACACAUCUGGCACCAGCAAUCAGGAUAUUCUUACCAACACUGAAAUACCUUUACAGCUUGUCACAGUUUCGGGAAACGAGACAAUGGAGUAAAUAUUACACAAGAUACCUAUUAAUUGUGGUUAUUUUUAUACAGUAGUGAGAAGAAUAUUGUUCCUAAGUUCUUAGAUAUCUUUUUAUUGAUGUGCAAAAAUUUUUGGAUUGACAGUAACUUGGUUAUACAUGACACUGAAAUGCCUUACUUUGUAUGAUAUUCCAUAGUAUAUUAAAAUGGUAAAAUUGCAUGGGUUUUGUAGGUACUUUUGGAAUCUAGAAGAGAAGAAAUUUUACCAAGUUAUAUUAAAAAAAAAAAAAAAAGAAUUUAACGAUGGAAAUGGUAGUCUAACCAAAUGCAUCAAUCCUGUGUGGUUUAGUGUAAAAAAAAUGAGAACAUGUUGGUAUUUAUCUAUUGUAAGAUAAAAGAAGUUGAUGGGUGAAAAGAAAUCACAUUAUGAUAAAAGAAAUUUUGUAAUUUUCUUGAUGACUGGAAUUUUUAUUAUGCAUAACUGACAAAUCAAGUUUCCAAGCAAAUGUUACAUAGUGUAGGCUUUACUUAGCUCAUCAACUUGUCAUUUUGAAGCUAAUUAUUUUAAUUAGGUUAACUAUGUACAAUAUUUUAAGCAUUACUCUUGUAAGAUUUUGCAAACUACAUUUUAACAUGGAACUCUAGGGAUAGUCACCUUUUAAAUCCUAUUGAAAAGCCAUGUUUAAGAUUUAAUUUGCCAAAAUGAUGUCUUGUUAAUAUUCUUUCAAUAACCAAGGUGGGCAAUAUAACCAAUGUUUAAAAAGCUUAAAAUGUUAAGAAAAAUAAAUAUGUAUAGGUUGAAGCAUUUGGGUGGUAAGGCAGAUGUUAUAGUGAAGUAUAUCCCUUCUUUUGAACAUUGGAGGACCAAAAAUAAGGUGUAUUGUGUCUCAGCAGUGAUUUUUAUCAAAUCUUUUUCCAAAAAAACAUCUGUAUGCCAGGGCCUUAAAAGCCAUCAUGUAAAUUACCAGUAAAAUAUAACAUAUGCAAAUACAAAAGAAAAAUCACUUCCAUAUUGACAGUACUCCCAAACAUAUGGAUAUAGUCAUAGUGAACUAGGGGGGUUAUGAGGUUUUUAUUUGUUUGUUGUUUAGUUUUUGGUUAGUCAAUCUGCAUUUAAAUAUCAGCCAUCUUUCCUUUUUUGCUUCUUCCCUUAAAAAUUGUAUGUAUCCAGUACAUUUAACUGAUAAACAUAUAUGUUUUUUAUUAUGCUGAAUUUUCUUUUUAUUUUUUAAUUACUGUUUAUAUUUUCAAUUAUAGAAAAUGUACAAAAUGAAGUUAUAUAGCCAGUCUGUAAGUGCUAUACCAUUUUCAAAAAAUGUACAACAAUAAUUACUGCAGUUCACCUAUUUACAGACAUUUGGAAAUCUGUUCAUUUGUUAUUCUUAAAACCACCUCAAAUUUAAAGGCUACCUUAUUGUACGUUUAAAGUGUAUUAUAACAGUGUGGUAGUUAAUAAAACACUAUUUUUUUUUUCUUUUGA